GUAACCAGCAUUCCACUUGUCUCAAUCCUUGUAACAUCUCGUUUGACUGAGAAGAAAAAAAAGACCAUCAACUUCAACCAAGCAGAAAUGUUCAACAAGCUCAGCCUCCUCGCCGUUGGUGCCGCCCUGGCCCAGCUCACGUCUGCCGUUGGCUAUGCGCGCGUCAAGAACAACUGUCCCUUUGAUGUGACGGCUUGGUCCGUCGGCACCGAUAUCUCGCCUGCCCAUACUCUCCGCCACGGCGAAUCGUACGGCGAGCCCUUCACCCGCGAUCCCAAGACUGGCGGCCGGGCGAUCAAGGUGACGAUUCAACCCGAUGGCCUGUGGACUGGCAAGCCGCAGACCAUCUAUGCCUACAACCUGGAUGGCAACACGAUUUGGUACGACUUGAGCGAUGUGUUUGGAGACGCUUUCACGGGCCACAAGAUCAAGCUGGCUUCUUCUAACAAGGAUUGCCCCGCGAUCGUGUGGGAGGAUGGCGUUCCCCCGGCCGGUAGCCAGGUGAAGAACUGCGGUGCUGAUUGGGACGUCACUCUGACUCUUUGCGUGUAAGGAUUUAUUGGGGCUUGCAUGGGGCGUUUGUUCGCUGGUACACCUGUUAUGGCAUCCAGUUCUAUUCUGAGUACUAUCUUGAUAAAUUGAAAUACAGUUGCCUGCUUCAACUCUGUGGGACAAUGACAAC